AUGGCCUCCGACACAGCAACCAACGGCACGGCCAAUGCCAAUGGAACCAAAACUGGCAUGGGGAACCGGUCGGUCACCACGACCCAGGGCAAGGCCAGCAAACCGACGGACAUUGAGACACGGCUCUUCAUCAACAAUGAGUUCGUCGAUGCCUCGUCCAAGGAGUAUAUCACGGUGCGUAACCCGUAUGACGACUCCAUCGUCACCGACAAGCUUCACAGCGCCAGCGACAAAGAUGUCGAUGCUGCUGUGGCGGCGGCGCGCAAAGCCUUCAAGCCGUGGGCGGCCGUUCGACCCCAGGAGAGGACCGCCAUCCUACUCAAGUUUGCCGACCUCAUCGAGCAAAACGCAGACAGAGUCGCGGCUCUUGAGAGUGUGUGUGGCGGCACGGCGCUCAGCUUCAUGAAGUCCAUCCACGUGCCGUUCUGUGUCCGCACCUUCCGCUACUACGCCGGCUGGUGUGACAAAAUGGAGGGGGAGUCCUUCCCAGCAGACAACGGCUAUCUCAGAAUCGUCCGGCACCAGCCUCUGGGUGUUUGCGCCGCCAUUAUCGCCUUCAACGGGCCGGCCAUCAUGUUCGCCAUGAAGGCAGCUCCCGCUCUCGCGGCCGGGAAUUGCCUGGUCAUCAAGCCCAGCGAGAAAUCUCCGCUCUCGACGCUGUAUCUGGCCCAGUUAGCGGUGGAGGCGGGAUUCCCGCCCGGCGUGCUCAACGUGGUGAAUGGCACCGGCAGCGUGGGGGCGGCCAUUGCAGCCCAUCUGGAUAUCCAGAAGCUUUCCUUCACCGGCAGUGUUGGGGUGGCCAAAAAGAUCGCGGCCUUGGCCUCGGGAAGCAACUUGAAGAAGGUCACGUUCGAGCUGGGCGGCAAGUCUCCCAGCAUCAUCUUCCCCGACGCCAAUCUGGACGUGGCCAUUGCGUGGUGCACGCGAUCCAUCACCGACUCGUCCGGUCAGGCGUGCGUCGCGUCUUCGCGGGUCUACGUGCAUCAAGACAUCAAGGACGAAUUCCUACGCCGGUUCAAGGAGAGCUUUGAAAAGAUCCACGACACCUACGGGGAUCCGUUCGACGAGAAGAAGACAAACGGGCCCAUUGUCGACCACGUACAGCACGAGAGGGUCUUGGGGCUGGUGGAAUCUGGCAAGCAGCAGGCCACGUUGGUCACGGGCGGAGCCCGGCUGCUGGAGUCGGGCUGUUUCGUCCAGCCCACCAUCUUCGCCGACUCGCUCGCCGAUGCCCGAGUGCACCGGGAAGAGAUCUUUGGGCCGGUGGUGGUGGUCAAUUCAUUCCAGGACGAAGAUGAGGUCAUUGCCACCGCCAACGACACCGACUAUGGCCUGUCCGGCGCCGUCUUCACCCAGGACAUCAACCGUGCCAUGCGGGUGGCGGCCCAGAUUAACUCAGGCACUGUGGGGGUCAAUUGCUGUGGUAUGAUUGAUCCACAGGUGCCAUUCGGCGGCUUCAAGCAGUCUGGCAUUGGGCGAGAGCUCGGCAAGUACGGCUGGCUGGACUACACGGAAACCAAGACCGUGUAUAUCAAGUGA